AUGUAUUCAACACUGGUUGUGUUUGUGGUUGCGUUCCAGGGGGACUAUGUCUGGUUGGACCUUAAGACGGGCCGGGAGUUCGACGUCCCGGUGGGAGCCUUGGUCAAGCUCUGUGACUCGGGACAGAUCCAGGUGCUGGACGACGAUGGGAGGGUAAGUCCACACAAAAUGAGACAUUGACAAGACAUUGACAAGACAUUACAAGACGGUGACAAUACUUUGACAAAACAUUGACGCAACGUUGACGAAACAAGACUUUGGCCCUGUUCGAAUACUCCUGAAAUGCAUCUCCCAUUCCUCCUUUCCUUUAAGUAAUCAUUAUUACAUGACAUAAUUGAAAGUAAUGCCAUGGAAAGCUUGCUUACACCAAGAGAUGUUAUAUCAUUGAUUACUUCAAGGAAGGAAGGAUUCAAACAGGGCCUUUACUUAAUCUAACAAACCGACAUGGACACACAGCAGCCUAUGACACCAUAGUUCCUCAAUGGCUGUGACUGUAACUGUUCCCCCAUCAGGAGCACUGGAUCUUGCCCCAGAAUGCCACCAACAUUAAGCCCAUGCAUCCCACCUCCAUUCACGGGGUGGAGGACAUGAUCCGUCUGGGGGACCUCAACGAGGCCGGGAUCCUGCGCAACCUGCUCAUCCGCUACAACGAGCGUGUCAUCUAUGUGAGUCACCCCUGCAACACUGUCUGCUCGCCUUUGGUACCACUACAGGACCAUCAUUUUAUAUUGUAUGAGUCCUUCAAAUAACAAGGAAGUGUGGUUUAGAACGUAUUCUAUAAAACCUAGUGACCUUGUUUAGUGAUGUGUAGCUCAUGUUGUUGAUGUAUGAUGGACUGUUAUAGGAUUUGUCUGUGUGGUUAUUUGACUUACUUUCUUAUAUGGUUAUGCUGGCAUAUUGGUUAUGUUUUUCCCCUGGCCACAACCCCCCCACUGGUUCCUUAUCUUACCUGCCUGGCUAAGUCUCAAUAGUUUGAAACAGUUUCCUCUCCACAUGUCCUUUCCUCCAGUAUCACUGUUCUGGCAGGACACAUGAUGGAAACAUGUCCAGUCCAUUGUGACAUAUGUGGUACUGGGGGUUAAGGAAGCUGUUAUAGAGUAUUGAGAGCCAGCCCCUGUGUGUGUGUCCCAGUUGGUCCCUCAUCAACUUGUGGCAGUUUAUUUUUUAUGGUUCUUUCCUCUCACUCUUCCUCUUCAUCUCCCUCCCUAUUUCUCUGUAUAGACAAAUUGUGGAGGAAGGGUGAGUACAAACUACAGAAGCAAGCAAAAAAAUAAAUAAUCUGUGAACAAGCAACAUGCUAACAAGCUAGCCCAUGCUAGCCCAUGACAUUAAUGCUAGCACUUCUGCUACUUUCCUUUUCUUCGCGGUCACUGAAUGAAUGGCUAUAAUCUCUGCUAGGCUGAAGGCUGGCCUCUGCUUCAGGCUUAACCUUAGAUCCAGCUUGUUAAGUGUGCUUUCACCACCGAAGCGUAAAUGUUCAACACACAUGAGCCUUUAGGGCCUUUAGAACACACCACAGCUUUGGCCUGGGCUUGGAGGUGCAACAAAUCAUGGGCUAUUAUGACUGAUUAUUAUGUCUAGAUUAUGCACAAUAAGGUGAUUUUCAGCCUAAAUUCAGUUCAUGAACUUGAACUUCCAAUCAUUUUGUAGCUCUAAUUUAAAUGAUCAGUUUUCAUCAGGCUUACAACACAUAAUCUCAGUGAUCACAAGCCUAGUGACUACCCUAAUCACAGUGAAAGAAAGCGACAAAUCUUGGUAUCGCUGUUGAUAAAUCAAGCUAUCACUAAAUCCUCACAGAUGACAUUGUUGCCCUGAUCUUGGCAUGACCCUUGACCAUUUAAUCUUUUGACUUUGACCUCUGCCUGCAGACUUACACGGGGUCAAUUCUGGUGGCAGUAAACCCUUACCAGCUGCUGCCCAUCUACACGCCAGACCAGAUCCGCCUGUACACCAAUAAGAAGAUCGGGGAGAUGCCACCUCACAUCUUUGCCAUCGCAGACAACUGCUACUUCAACAUGCAGAGGAACAACAAGGACCAGUGCUGCAUCAUCAGGUUAGUGUAUUGUAUUGGUGUGUGUGUGUGUGCAUUGUGUUUCUCUAUUUAAAUGUACAUGUGUUUGAGUUUCUGUGUGUGUGCGUGUGCGUGUGUGCGCCUGCAUGGGUGUCCGCCUGUCUGUCUGCUUGUCUGCAUCUGUACAGAAAAAUAUUGUAUCUCCUCCUGUGUUCCUCAGUGGUGAGUCUGGGGCCGGUAAGACAGAGAGCACCAAGUUGAUCCUGCAGUUCCUGGCAGCCAUCAGUGGACAACACUCCUGGAUAGAGCAACAGGUCCUGGAGGCCAACCCCAUACUGGAAGGUCAGACUCAACAUAGAGAUGAGACACUAGAAUGGGCUAUUAAUGGCAGCCAUCUUGGUCAAAUUCCAAACCAGUCUAAUUGAGAGAAGAAAAAAAACAGUCCAAGAUUGCUAUCUUGUAGUUAUGUUUCCUGGAUGCCAAUGUCCAUUCUAGUGUUCUAUUGAAUUCUAUGAGACUAACUACAUCCACUCAACACUGAUAUUUCAUAGCUAGGGUGCUUGCUGUCUGUCUCUGCCAAAUGUGGUGUUGUGUAGAAUGUAGAGAGACACUCACUCCAAGCUGCCUCAGGUGCAGUUUUGGGGUUUGUUUAUGAUUUUUAACGAGGCUAGAAUCACAGAAGCUGUGUAGGUGUCACAUCUGCUCCUGCAACGCCCUCUACUGCUCAUUCUGUGUCUCCUUGACCUGCCGCCUCUCUCCCUCUCCCUCUCUCUCUCUCUCUGUGUGUGUUUGUGUGAUUGUGUGGGCGGAGGCAGGUGUGCUGGAGUCAGAGUAGAUCCCCACCAGCUGCAACCUGUUCCAUAAUCAAGACCUCUACAAAUACUCAGUCCUGCCACUUCCACACUGCUAGAUUGUAACCCCUGUCAGACAGUCUACGGUUCUAGCCAUGUGUUACUAUUCAGAUCCUGUUAUCCUGUUGUGCCUGUUUUCCUUGCCUGAUGCUGUUUUCCUCUCCGCUACAGUUCUGCCCGCUCUGACUCUGGUCUCUGUCUCCAGUCCCACGUCUCGUCAUCCUGCUACUCUGUCCUGGAUCCCCCACUCUACUACUCCCUUGGAUUCCCCUCCGGACCUGCUUACCCUGUCUCAACCCCCCUCGCUCCAGCCUCAGCCUCCGCACUGGUUUCCAGCAGUUUCCCCUGACCUGCACUCCAUCUUCCCCACUGUUUCAAUAAAUACCUUGGUUACGUCAUCCCAUCUCCUCGUCUGAGUCUGCUCUUGGGUUCUCCAGUUCCACUCCACUUAACAGUAGGAAAAGCUGAACUUGGAAUGCAUUCUUCAAAGAGUCCUUGAAAGACAGCUAGACAGAUGUAUGACUUGCGCGCUUUCCCCUGGAACUAGUACAGGGGUGAAGUAAACAGCUUCCAGACCAUGAAUCAAAUCAAAUCAAAUCAAAUGUAUUGGCCACAUGCGCUGAAUACAACAGGUGCAGACAUUACAGUGAAAUGCUUACUUACAGCCCUUAACUAACAGUGCAUUUAUUUUUAACAAAAAAAAUGUUGAGAAAAAAAGAGCAGAAGUAAAAUAUAAUAACAGUAGGGAGGCUAUAUAUACAGGGGGGUACCGGUGCAGAGUCAAUGUGCGGGGGCACCGGCUAGUUGAGGUAGUUGAAGUAAUAUGUACAUGUGGGUAGAGUUAAAGUGACUAUGCAUAAAUAAUUAACAGAGUAGCAGCAGCGUAAAAGGAUGGGGUGGGGGGGCAGUGCAAAUAGUCCGGGUAGCCAUGAUUAGCUGUUCAGGAGUCUUAUGGCUUGGGGGUAGAAGCUGUUGAGAAGUCUUUUGGACCUAGACUUGGCACUCCGGUACCGCUUGCCGUGCGGUAGCAGAGAGAACAGUCUAUGACUAGGGUGGCUGGAGUCUUUGACAAUUUUGAGGGCUUCCUCUGAGUAGUGAUCCGACAGUUUGGUGUACAGCUUAAGCCACGCAGGGCAUCAAUUCACCUUUCUAUGACACCUGGUGUGACCCAGAAUUAACACGACAACUGGGCCUCUUAUCCAUGUCUAAUGCCUCAUUUGCACCUUCUAAAGUUUCCAUCUGUGUACUCUACAUGUGGACUGGCAAAGGAUGCAAAGCCCUAUAGUAUACAUCCUGUCUAUCUCUCUCUUAGCUAAUGUGACUGACCAGGGUUCCAAACCCGGGUAUACUGCAUGCCACAAUACUGUUAGCCCUGUGAGCUUAAGCCCUAGGCAUUCGCUCGGGGUGCCAACACAAGUCUUCAGAUCUCAGGCAAGGUUAUUUAUCACGCGAGAAUGGUUCACUGAACUGCAUCUAUUACGCUAACUCAGAGCUUUAUUCUUUAAUCUAUGCAGCGUUCGGGAAUGCUAAGACUAUUCGGAAUGACAACUCUAGUCGCUUUGGGAAGUACAUCGACAUCCACUUUAACAAGAGCGGGGCCAUCGAGGGGGCCAAGAUAGAACAGUACCUUCUGGAGAAGUCCCGAGUCUGCAGACAGGUAAGGGUCCAGGGGGGAGGGGAUAUACAGGGGCCAGAAUAGAACAGUACAUAAUGGAGACGUCUCAAGUUCGCAGACAGAUUCCCAUUUGGGCAGUUUCAUUAAAUGUUGUACCAAAUGAACAUGAUCCUGCUGUUACUCUCCCCCCAGGCUGCAGAUGAGAGGAACUACCACAUAUUCUACUGUAUGCUGCGGGGCAUGGCCCCAGAGCUGAAGAACAAGCUUGGCCUGGGCCUCGCCACUGACUACUCCUACCUCACCAUUGUGAGUAGUGUGUGUGUGUGUGCGUGCAUGCGUGUGCUAUGAACGUGCGUGAUUGUGUGUGUGCGUGAGCACUUGCAUCUUUGUGUGUGUGUGUGUGUGUGUGUGAAAUCAAAUUUUAAUUGUCACAUGCUUUGUAAACAACAGGUGUAGACUAACAAUGAAAUGCUUACUUACGGGCCAUUCCCAACAAUGCAGACUACAAUAAAAUGGUAUAUAAUAAUAGAAAACAAAUUGUAACAUGAGUAAUAAAUACACAAUGAGCAAUGAUAGCUUGGCUAUAUACAUGGGGUACCAGUACCAGGUCGAUGUGCAGGGGUACCUGGAAAUUGAGGUAGGUAUGUACAUAUAGGUAGGCGUAAAGCGACUAGGCAACAGGAUAGAUAAUCAACAGUAGCAGCAGCAAAUGUGUGCCUGUGUGUAUGUGUUGGAGUGUCAGUGUAAGUAUGUGUGAGUGUGUGGGUAGAGUCCAUUGUGUGCAUAGAGCAAAAAAGGUCAAUGUAGAUAGUCCGGUUAACUAUUUAGCAGUCUAAUGGCUUGAGGGUAGAAGCUAUUCAGGAGCCUUUUGGUCCCAGAAUUAGCCCUCAGGUACCGUUUGCCGUGCAGUAGCAGAGAGAACAAUCUAUGACUUGGGUGGCUGGAGUCUUUGACAAUUUUUAGGGCCUUCCUCUGACACCGCCUGGUAUAGAGGUCCUGUGUGCACUCCCAGGGUAUAUUUGUAUACACUGUGUGUGUGCGCAAGUGUGCGUGCACCUAGAGCUGUGGUGGUCAUGGCAUUUUGUCAGCCGGUUAUUGUCAUGCAAAAGAUUGCUGGUCUCACGGUAAUUUACUGUUAAUUAACAUAAUCAUGUUUAGCAUCUCCAGGCCUCCACGCGUACAAGCCGCAUGCAAGCUGCUGAUGCAAGCCUUUGGAACAUCUACAUUUAAACAAGUCUGAUAAAUCAAUUUAAUAUACACCAUCACAAUCAAUCCAUUAUUUAUUUUAGGCAGGUCUAAAGGAACAUUAUGAUAUGAAGAAAAUGUAUUUCAGAAGAACAAUAUGAGUUGGCCUACUGUAUGUUAUCUGGCUAUGCGUCAUGCCAUAGGCUGUAGACUUGUUCAUUUAGCAGACAAGAUAUGCUUGCUUAUAAGUACUGUGUAAUUAUUUUAUAUUAUAUGAUUUUAUUGUAAGAAGAAUAUAAUUGAACUUAACUGAAUAAAAUAGAAAGGAUAUUUUUCUCAUUCUGGAGCGAGUGCGCAUAUGAAGCGGCUAUGUUGAGCAUAGAAGUGAUCAUUUGAAACAGGUCCUAUAUGCUAAAUCUAGAGUUAUUUGGCAACUUUAGUUGUGAAUGAUACAAACCUUCAGAAUGUCUUAGAAAUCAAAACAUACACUACCGUUCAAAAGUUUGGGGUCACUUAGAAAUGUCCUUGUUUUAGAAAGAAAAGCAAUUUUUUUGUCCAUAAAAAUAACAUCAAAUUGAUCAGAAAUACAGUGUAGACAUUGUUAAUGUUGUAAAUGGCUAUUGUAGCUGGAAACGGCUGAUUUUUAAUGGAAUAUCUACUUAGGCGUACAGAGGCCCAUUAUCAGCAACCAUCAGUCCUGUGUUCCAAUGGCACGUUGUGUUUGCUACUCCAAGUUGAUCAUUUUAUAAGGCUAAUUGAUCAUUAGAAAACCCUUUUGCAAUUAUGUUAGCACAGCUGAAAACUGUUGUGCUGAUUAAAGAAGCAAUAAAACUGGCCUUCUUGAGACUAGUUGAGUAUCUGGAGCAUCAGCAAUUGUGGGUUCGAUUACAGGCUCAAAAUGGCCAGAAACAAAUAACUUUCUUCUGAAACUCGUCAGUCUAUUCUUGUUCUGAGAAAUGAAGGAUAUUCUAUGUGAGAAAUUGACAAGAAAAUGAAGAUCUCGUACAACGCUGUGUACUACUCCCUUCACAGAACAGUGCAAACUGGCAUCUUAAAUCAGUUUUAAAAAUGUCUGCAAUGCGUAGAAUGUGGUAGGCUAUGUAUUGUAUAAUAACUACACAAUCAUUAUUUUAAUUCUGGGUUUUUUUUCAGCCUUGGGCUCAUUCAUUAUAUAGGCCUAUGCAUAAGCUCUAAUAUGCGUAUGGGGGUUUUGAAUUUCAUUGUGUUAGGCUUUGAAACAACAUCCACAACGACCAUGAUUUCCACUCAGUUUCAACCUGCUGUUGAACUUCUUUCUUCAAAUUGAUCAUCACAGUGAGGUGAGUUUUAAAAGUACAAUACUGUUUUGAUGAUAAUUUUUGAUGUGAUUUUUGAUUGCAUUUGCAAUGAUGUCAAAGUGGUUAGAGGGACUAUAGAGCCCUGAAUACCAGGCCUUUAGCGACCUGAUGGUCGUUAGCGAGUUGGGUACUGCCAAGCAUGUCCAGAGUGCAUAAGAGGAGAUUACGUGACUCAACGGUCAUGUGGAAUUUUACUGCGGUCAUGAUGCAUGACUGCUGGUGUGGCGGUUAAAUGGUCACCGCAACAGUCCCUACGUGCAUCCUUCCGUCCUUGUGCGUGUGUAUAGCUCCCAGCGUAUACUGUAUGUAAACCUAUGCAUAUGUGUGUGUCCCUCUCCAGGGGAACUGUACAAAGUGUAACAGCCGUGACGACCUGAAGGAGUACUCCAGCAUCCUGUUGGCCAUGAAGGUGCUGAUGUUCACAGAGAUAGAGAACUGGGAGAUCUCCAAACUACUGGCGGCCAUCCUACACAUGGGCAACUUGCGCUACGAGGGUGAGCAGAGGUGGCCAUUUUGGAAAGAGAGUGUUGACACACAAUACAAUGACUUUCAACUUGGCACAGGAGCUAGGCAAAGAAGAUCAACUGUAGGGGAAAAAGGCUAUGUUCAUGCACUGUGCUCCCACAAGCAUUACAUUUACAUUUACAUCAUUUAGCAGACGCUCUUAUCCAGAGCGACUUACAAAUUGGUGCAUUCAACUUAUGAUAGCAAGUGGGACAACCACUUUUAUUUUUUUUAUGGGGGGUGGGGGAAGAAGGAUUACUUUUAUACUAUUCCAGGUAUUCCUUAAAGAGGUAGGGUUUCAAGUGUCUCCGGAAGGUGGUCAGUGACUCCGCUGUCCUGCCAUCGUGGGGGAGCUUAUUCUACCAUUGGGGUGCCAGAGAAGCGAAUAGCUUUGACUGGGCUGAGCAGGAACUGUGCUUCCGUAGAUGUAGGGGAUCUAGCAGGCCAGAGGUGGAUGAACGUAGUGCCCUCGUUUGGGUGUAGGGUCUGAUCAGAGCCUGAAGGUAAGGAGGUGCCGUUCCCCUCACAGCUCCGUAGGCAAGCACCAUGGUCUUGUAGUAGAUGCGAGCCUCAACUGGAAGCCAGUGGAGUGUGCUGAGGAGCGGGGUGACAUGAGAGAACUUGGGAAGGUUGAACACCAGACGGGCUGCAGCGUUCUGGAUAAAUUGAAGGGGUUUAAUGGCACAGGCAGGGAGCCCAGCCAACAGCGAGUUGCAGUAAUCCAGACAGGAGAUGACAAGUGCCUGGAUUAGGACCUGUGCCGCUUUCUGUGAAAGGUAGGGUCGUACUCUGCGAAUGUUGUAGAGCAUGAACCUGCAGGAUCGGGUCACCGCUUUGAUGUUAGCGGAGAACGACAGGGUGUUGUCCAGGGUCACGCCAAGGUUCUUUGCACUCUGGGAGGAGGACACAAUGGAGUUGUCAACCGUGAUGGCGAGAUCAUGGAGCGGGCAGUCCUUCCCCGGGAGGAAGAGCAGCUCUGUCUUGCCGAGGUUCAGCUUGAGGUGGUGAUCCGACAUCCACACUGAUAUGUCUGCCAGACAUGCAGAUAUGCGAUUCGCCACCUGGUUAUCACACAAAAUUACUUGUGUGUCGUCUGCGUAGCAAUGAUAGGAGAGACCAUGUGAGGAUAUGACAGAGCCAAGUGAAUUGGUUUAUAGAGAGAAUAGGAGAGGGCCUAGAACUGAGCCUUGGGGGACACCAGUGGUGAGAGCACGUGGUGCGGAGACAGAUUCUCGCCACGCCACCUGGUAGGAGCGACCUGUCAGGUAGGACGCAAUCCAAGAGUGAGCCGCGCCGGAAAUGCCCAACUCGGAGAGGGUGGAGAGGAGGAUCUGAUGGUUCACAGUAUCAAAGGCAGCGGAUAGGUCUAGAAGGAUAAGAGCAGAGGAGAGAGAGUUAGCUUUAGCAGUGCGGAGAGCCUCCGUGACACAGAGAAGAGCAGUCUCAGUUGAAUGACCAGUCUUGAAACCUGACUGGUUUGGAUCAAGAAGGUAAUUCUGAGAGAGAUGGCAGGAGAGUUGGCUAGAGACGGCACGCUCAAGAGUUUUGGAGAGAAAAGAAAGAAGGGAUACUGGUCUGUAGUUGUUGACAUCGGAGGGAUCGAGUGUAGGUUUUUUGAGGAGGGGUGCAACUCUCGCUUUCUUGAAGACGGAAGGGACAUGGCCAGCGGUCAAGAAUGAGUUGAUGAGCGAGGUGAGGUAAGGGAGAAGGUCUCCGGAAAUGGUCUGGAGAAUAGAGGAGGGGAUAGGGUCAAGCGGGCAGGUUGUUGGGCGGCCGGCCGUCACAAGUCGCAAGAUUUCAUCUGGAGAGAGAGGGGAGAAAGAAGUCAAAGUAUAGGUUAGGGCAGUGUGAGCAGGACCAGCGGUGUCAUUUGACUUAAUAAAUGAGGAUCGGAUGUCGUCAACCUUCUUUUCAAAAUGGUUGACAAAGUCGUCCACAGAGAGGGAUGAGGCAGGGGGGGGAGGAGGGGGAUUCAGCAGGGAGGAGAAGGUGGCAAAGGGCUUCCUAGGGUUAGAGGCAGAGGCUUGAAAUUUAGAGUGGUAGAAGCACCAAAGUGCGACAAAAUAUUUUGCUGUGAGACCAGGAGUUUUAUUUUGGGAGCACUGUGCAACUAUGAAAAAAAUCAGGUGAUCAAUGAUCAUAGCAAUGAAUGAAUGAAUGACAGACCUCUUGCAUGUUGUCAUCACAAACCUGACGUUUUUAAAGAGACAGUGUAGAAUUUUAAAUGUAAUGCAUUUCAAUAGGAAAAUAGUGCUUUUACACAAUGUAGAAAUCUAAUAAAUCCACAAAUGACUUAAUUGUAAUAACUGUAAUUUCAAUAAUAGGUGUUCAUACCAACAUUUUAACUUUUAUAAUAAGCUAAUGUGUUUAUAGUAUUACAUAUUAGGUUCUAGGGCACAACAUGUGCUUCAGAAGUAGCUAGAAUUCAUAUAGGCCCAAUAUAGGCUGUAUCACAAUGAAUUCCAAAAAUCUAAUUUUCUUGUGCUCAUAAAUGUAAUGUGGUGGUCCUAACCUUUUUAAGUUGGGAGCGCCAGUGCUACCAAUAAAAAAUGUUGAUUUGGAGCCCUGCCCACAAGUGAUAAAAAAAUAUAUAUUAUUAAAAGUGUUAUUGAUGAUUACUUGUUGGAGCAGCAAACAGUGAGGUGAAAUUACCGCUGAGGAACCAACACUGGCAUGAACACACACUACAUAGAUCAGGGAAGGGCCUUUGAUGGGGUGGGAGCCACAAAAAAUCUGAACUCAUUGGUCUGCGUACCCACAUGUGCAUACCCCUCUUGACAGUGGAGAGAAAUCUUUUACGUUUUAGAGUAAAUUUAGUUCAAUUCUACACAUUUUGCCAUGUGGCGGAGAUAAGAUUUCGCAAUUUUAUAACGAAUUUCAGGCAAUUCUAUUAAUUUUGCCAUGGGGCAGAGAGGAAUUUUUACUGUUUUACAUCUAAUUUCCUGCAAUUCUACACAUUUUACCAUGGGGUGUAGAGAAAAUGUUGAACAUGAUGAAAUUGCACCUUGUCUAUUCUAAGAUGAGACCCCGACUGAUUAUUGUUUUUUUUUAUGGAUCUGAGGGCGCCUGCGGGCCGCCAGUUGCCCAUCCCUGACAUAGAUAGACACUGCGCUAUCUAGAGCAGUGAAUCCAAAGAAUCAUCUGAAUGUUUGUGUUAGUUGUUAAGCCCUGUCUUGUUCUUACUUAGUGAAUUUUGCUAGAGGUUUACCGUGGGAUAGUCUUACUAAACUGGCACCUGACUACAAGUUAACUAUUGAGUUAGAAGUUAUAUAUUCACUUGGCUAAAUGACUUUGCUAACUCAAUUGGCUAAUUGACUUGCUUUCCCCCUUUUAUCCCCCUUUAAAACACAUACACUCCAACAGCCCGUUGCUAUGACAACCUGGAUGCCUGCGUGGUGGUGCGAUCUCCAGACCUGUCCACUGCUGCAUCUCUGAUGGAGGUGGGUAGUACUGUCUUACCUGUACAUGAUCUCUAUGUUGGGCUUGUACUUUAGACUGCGUCACUGUGUAUGGUGUUUGUGUAUUGUGUUGUUGUUGUACUCUACUACAGUAUGUUGUUGUUGUUGUUGAGGUGGACCCUAAGGACGUGAUGUCAUGUCUGACCACUCGUACCCUGAUCACCCGGGGUGAGAGUGUGUCCACCCCCCUCAGCAUGGAACAGGGCCUGGACGUCAGGGACGCCUUUGUCAAGGUCAGGACCCUGACACGCAUGCGUGUGAACACGGACACCUUUUAUUAUCAAAGUGAGGACACACACUCCUAAAUCGGAUCCCUCACAGAAGGUCAAAGUUCCUUUCUGUCUAAUGAAAGCUGUUCCUCCAAGAGCAUCUACGACACGGUGUAAAUGAACGUUGUCCCUCCUGUCGCAGGGUAUCUAUGGGAGGCUGUUUGUGUGGAUUGUGGACAAGAUCAACGCGGCCAUCUUCAGACCUCCAUCCUGUGAGAGUAAGAUCAUAAGGAGGUCCAUUGGCCUGCUCGAUAUCUUCGGCUUCGAGAACUUCACAGUCAACAGGUGGUUCAAAUUCAAAAGUCUAAAAGCUUUUUUUUCCAUUUAGGGUACGUUGUAUAUGGAGCAUGCCAUGACAUAAUUGUAAUGAAUUCCCUAUUGGAAUUAUCUAUUGGAAAAUUGGAUGACAAUGGUAUGUGCCUGACUAAAGUCAGACAAUAGUGACAGCCUCUUUUGUUGAUUUGUGCGGUUGACAUGCUCACUGCAUGGCUUUAUACUCGAUUGGCUGUCCAGGGACUGGCUCUCGCUACGUUCCUUCCCUGUAGAUUUGAGCAGCUGUGCAUCAAUUUUGCCAGCGGGAAUCACAGACACACACACAAAUAACCACACACACACACGGAUACGUUUUACUAUCAAAGUGAGGACACGCACACCCCUAAAUUGAUUGGCUGUUGAGUGACCGACUAUGUUUCUUCUUCCCUGAAGCUUUGAACAGCUGUGCAUCAACUUUGCCAAUGAGAACCUGCAACAGUUCUUUGUGAGGCAUGUGUUCAAGCUGGAGCAGGAGGAGUACAACCUAGAGGACAUCAACUGGCAGCACAUCGAGUUCACUGACAACCAGGACGCCCUUGACAUGAUUGCCAAUAAACCUAUGAACAUCAUAUCUCUCAUAGACGAGGAGAGCAAGUUCCCCAAGGUACAGUACCAAUAUGGCAACUUACCAUUUUAUGUAAAUCAAUAUGCAUAUUGUGUUUAGGUAUUGUAAGAGGGGAUGGACAGUUGGAGGCAUUAAAAAGUUUGCUAUUUAAAACUCUGUACCGAGGUACCGUGUUUUGUGGCAAAUUAUCUAAGAGACAUGCCGAGAGGAGCCCGGUAUUGCAUACCAAUACCACGGCACACUAAUUUUUUACAAUUGUAACCUGACUAUGCCUUUGCCCCUGAGUGAGUAAAUAAAAUGCUAUUGAUUUCUAUUCGUUUGUGGUCACAAACUUGAAGGGUGCGUCCGAAAUAGCACCCUAAUCCUAUGCCCCCUUUAUAAUAAUAACAUAGUAUAUGCCAUUUAGCAGCUGCUUUCAUCCAAAGUAACUUACAGUCAUGCAUGCAUACCAUUUACGUACGGGUCCUGGGAAUUGAACCCACUAUCCGGAUGUUGCAAGCGCCAUGCUCUACCAACUGAGCUACAGAGGACCAUAUAGUGAAUAGGGUAUAAUUUCAGAAGCAGCCUAAAUAUUUUUUCUCUGUUUGUGUCUCUCAGGGAACAGACUCCACCAUGCUGUAUAAACUCAACUCCCAGCACAAACUCAACACCAACUACCAUCCCCCUAAGCACACCUACGAAACACAGUUUGGCAUCCAGCACUUUGCUGGGGUGGUCCACUACGAGACCAGAGGUAGGCCUAUUCUAAGGCAUUAGCUUCACACUCAACCCAAUUCAUUGUAAUCACAUAAUGAAGUCCCUGAUGCUCCAUGUAGUAGGACUUGGUUGGAUUCUAUAGGUAGGUUCAUGGUCAGAAGACAAAGUAUUGAGUCUAUUAGUUGUUCAUAUGCUCGAUGUCAAAUCAACCCCUAGCCACUACACCCUAGGCACUUGUGAAGAUCAGAGAGGAUAUGCCAUGUGUAAGCAAUGUGGUAAUGACUCCACCUUGCCCUCUGAUAAACGUAUUUACACCUAUCAUAUCUCCACAAGUGCAUAGUGAAGAGGCCAUGCCUAGAGGUUGGUUUGGAAUUGGACAUGGCUGACUCCUGUGUGUUUCAGGCUUCCUGGAGAAGAAUCGUGACAGCCUCCACACUGACAUUAUCCAGCUGGUCCACUCCUCCAAGAACAAGUUCAUCAAGCAGAUCUUCCAGGCUGACGUCGCCAUGGUGAGAGAGGACGUGUCUGGUGGUCACAUAGUGAUGAUAUUAUGAUGACACCUUGAAUGUAUUUUCCCUACUCACUCCACCAGGCUGUGUCCACGAAGCAAAAGGGAGAAAAGCUUAGAGUAGGUCAUGAUGGUGGAAUUCCAGAGAAGCUUUAGACUAUAUAAAUAGAAUAACUAGAAAGUGCCUCCCCAUUUAAGUCAACAGGUCUGUAAUGGGUGGACCGGUGGCCAUUUUAAAAGUGUACCCACUUAUUUUUCUAUGGUUAUGACAUCUUUUGUGACCUAUAGUCAGAAGUUUCCUGUCUCCAAGUGAUGAUGUCAUCAAGCGAUCACUCUCAAUUCUUACUUUUCUUUACUAUUGCUACUAUUCUUCUUUCCCUUAGCAUUAGGCAUGGCUAAUACCAACACUCCCCUAUCUUCAUCUCUUAAUCGUCCUCUGUCGUUCUCUUUCUCUUGUUGUGUUCUCUUGUUCUGUCUGACCCCAGUUUCUGUGUGGCUAUCUGCCGCCCACCACUCCUUCUCCGAAGGUAAACAACGGCCAUUCCUUCUGUGGUAAAGCAAUUUUGUACAUAAACCCUGGAUUGCUGAUGUUAUGUAUUGGCCAUAGAGAGGCUUUGACGCCACUGGUCGGCCAUAUUGGCACUCCCCAAUAGGAGCAGUCCUCCAUAGGAACGAAUGGAAUUAUACAGCAUUUCAAUUAAAUGUUUAAGGACAAAAUAACAUGUAUUUAAGUAUUAUUUGUUGUUGUAGUGGGGACAGUAACAUUAGUACUCUCUAAAAAAAAUACUUUAAGGAAAAUGUUUAUAUAUGUAUUUUUUUUUUUUAUGUUUAACUCGCUUAUAAUUUAAAAGUAUAGAAUAGAAUAAGUGUCAAAAAUGAAUGUAGACAUUAAUAAAUGCAUUUAUAUAGCUUCCAAAAUCUUUUUUUACAAUGGAGGAGUACCAAGAUGGCUGCACACCCUGUCAGUCAUCCAGGAUUUAUACACAUCACUGAGUAAAACCCAGAUCUCACUGCUGCCACCAAACCUUGUGUAUCUUGUGUUUCUCCAAAAAAAAAAUCCUUCCAUUCUCUGUGGAACUCAAACCUUUCUGUCCCUCUUUCUUUUCAGUCUUCAUCCCAGUGGUACUAAUAUUAAAACAGUGAUUCUCAAAUAUUUGUAAUCUGUGACCACGUCAUUUGUCACUGCGACCUAGCAGGAACUGGCCACAACCCACCAGGGGGUCACAACCCACUAUUUGAGAAACACUGUGAUUUAGAGUUGUGUUUAGAGUUUACACCAGGGGUCUUCAACAUUUUCUUGCCCAGUGACCCUCUCCCAGACAAACCGGCAACCCAGGGACCCCCAUGAUAUGUUAGCAAAAAACUAAAUGUGCAUGUCUUGUCUUAUCAGAUAAUGUCAAGGAGAAGUAAUCAACAUUUUAAAAUGAAUAGAUUUGGUAGAUAGUUUUUCAUUAUUUUGAGGAAGUGUAAACUCUAGCAUAGCCUACUAGCUAGAAAGGUAACUCCAAACACAUUUUCGCUAAGAGCAGCUGUUUAUCUGGUUAAAAAGGUUAGCAUGUGUUGUCAAAAAUGUAUGUGCAAGUCAAAAAAUUUAACAGCAGCCAGCAGCACUUGCCACACUGGUAGCCUAUACUCCAGUGAGUGUAAUUGGCUCCAAUGAGUGUAAUUUGCUCAAUAUUAGAAGGUUGAAAAAGAAAGUUGGCAUCAUUAGAAAGAAGAUAUUCUCCUCUUUUCUCCUGUAGGUAUGUCAUUCAAAAUGUGUUUAUUCUGUUGUUGCUAGCAAUAUUCAUAGAAAAAUUUUGUGUUUUUUUCUGUGGACCCCAUGCAGUACCUCUGCGGACCACCGGUUGAAUAACCCUGGUUUACACAUACAUUUAAAGGCACAAUCUGUAGCAUUCCCUGUUGUUCAAUUGUCAUUUCAAUUUGUGGUAUACAUAUUGAUUCUUGAAGAAUAUAACUUAUAAAUGUCAGUCCUUGCAUCCAUAGCUCUGCCUAUGAAUCUUAGAGUGGUUGAAUUUUCCCAGCCCCAUCCCUCAGAUAACCAAACAAAGUGUCAGGGUCAGGUUGUUAAAAUGAAAAAUACAUUGCUCUGUGUGUGUGUUGCCAGGGUGUGGAGACCAGGAAGCGAUCCCCUACUCUGAGUAGCCAGUUCAAGCGUUCUCUGGAGCUUCUCAUGAGAACCCUCAAUGUAUGUCAGCCUUUCUUUGUCCGCUGCAUCAAACCCAACGAGCUCAAGAAACCCAUGGUGAGUCCAACCUGAGGAACACACUAGCAUAAAAGAGUGUGUGUAUGUGUGGGGGGCGGGGUAUUUGCGUGUGGUGUGUGUGGGCAUGCCUGUGUGUGUGCGUGUGAUUGUGUUGGUGAUUGCAUGCGUGCCUGUGUGUGUCACGAUGUUCGUUUACCUUUCCCUUACAGCUGUUCACUUUGUUAACUCUGUCUGUGUGUCUGUCCAUCUAGCUGUUUGACAGGGAGCUGUGUGUGCGUCAGCUGAGGUACUCUGGGAUGAUGGAGACCAUUCGUAUCAGACGUGCCGGUUACUCCAUCAGAUACACCUUCGGAGAGUUCGUAGAUCGUUACCGCGUCCUCAUGCCCGGAGUCAAACCUGCCAACAGACAGGUUAGCAGAGUUGGGCCCUGUUCAUUAGGCACCAAACAAAAGAAAUUGACUGAAACAAGGAGAGCCUCCUGGACUUGUCCAAUAAGAAAAGCUUGUUUUCUGUUCCAAAAUGUUUUAGAACAUCUGUUUUCUGUCCUAAUGAAGACAACCCUGCUGUCACUUUCGAUUAUAUUACUAUGUUCUGCUACUCUACUUCAGGAUGGCUAUUAGUUCAGAGAGGAGUCAUUCAUUCCCUGGUGUUUUCUCAUAGGAGGACCUGAGAGGGACGUGUGAGAAUAUAGUGGAGGCUGUUCUUGGACGAGAUGACGACUGGGAGAUUGGGAAGACCAAGAUCUUUCUUAAGGCGACUAGAUUUCAUAGAUUACAAAUCGACAUGUACAGUGAGGGAAAAAAGUAUUUGAUCCCCUGCUGAUUUUGUAAGUUUGCCCACUGACAAAGACAUGACCAGUCUAUCAUUUUAAUGGUAGGUUUAUUUGAACAGUGAGAGACAGAAUAACAACCAAAAAAUCCAGAAAAACGCAUGUAAAAAAUGUUAUCAAUUGAUUUGCAUUUUAAUGAGGGAAAUAAGUAUUUGACCCCUCUGCAAAACAUGACUUAGUACUUGGUGGCAAACCCUUGUUGGCAAUCACAGAGGUCAGACGUUUCUUGUAGUUGGCCACCAGGUUUGCACACAUCUCAGGAGGGAUUUUGUCCAACUCCUCUUUGCAGAUCUUCUCCAAGUCAUUAAGGUUUCGAGGCUGACAUUUGGCAACUCGAACCUUCAGCUCCCUCCACAGAUUUUCUAUGGGAUUAAGGUCUGGAGACUGGCUAGGCCACUCCAGGACCUUAAUGUGCUUCUUCUUGAGCCACUCCUUUGUUGCCUUGGCCGUGUGUUUUGGGUCAUUGUCAUGCUGGAAUACCCAUCCACGACCCAUUUUCAAUGCCCUGGCUGAGGGAAGGAGGUUCUCACCCAAGAUUUGACGGUACAUGGCCCCGUCCAUCGUCCCUUUGAUGCGGUGAAGUUGUCCUGUCCACCUUAGCAGAAAAACACCCCCAAAGCAUAAUGUUUCCACCUCCAUGUUUGAAGGUGGGGAUGGUGUUCUUGGGGACAUAGGCAGCAUUCCUCCUCCUCCAAACACGGCGAGUUGAGUUGAUGCCAAAGAGCUCCAUUUUGGUCUCAUCUGACCACAAGACUUUCACCCAGUUCUCCUCUGAAUCAUUCAGAUGUUCAUUGGCAAACUUCAGACGGGCAUGUAUAUGUGCUUUCUUGAGCAGGGGGACCUUGCGGGAGCUGCAGGAUUUCAGUCCUUCACGGCGUAGUGUGUUACCAAUUGUUUUCUUGGUGACUAUGGUCCCAGCUGCCUUGAAAUCAUUGACAAGAUCCUCCCGUGUAGUUCUGGGCUGAUUCCUCACCGUUCUCAUGAUCAUUGCAACUCCACUUGGUGAGAUCUUGCAUGGAGUCCCAGGCCGAGGGAGAUUGACAGUUCUUUUGUGUUUCUUCCAUUUGCGAAUAAUCGCACCAACUGUUGUCACCUUCUCACCAAGCUGCUUGGCGAUGGUCUUGUAGCCCAUUCCAGCCUUGUGUAGGUCUACAAUCUUGUCCCUGACAUCCUUGGAGAGCUGUUUGGUCUUGGCCAUGGUGGAGAGUUUGGAAUCUGAUUGAUUGAUUGCUUCUGUGGACAGGUGUCUUUUAUACAGGUAACAAACUGAGAUUAGGAGCACUCCCUUUAAGAGUGUGCUCCUAAUCUCAGCUUGUUACCUGUAUAAAAGACACCUGGGAGCCAGAAAUCUUUCUGAUUGAGAGGGGAUCAAAUACAUAUUUCCCUCAUUAAAAUGCAAAUCAAUUAAUAACAUUUUUGACAUGCGUUUUUCUGGAUUUUGUUGUUGUUAUCCUGUCUCUCACUGUUCAAAUAAACCUACCAUUAAAAUUAUAGACUGAUCAUUUCUUUGUCAGCGGGUAAACGUACAAAAUCAGCAGGGGAUCAAAUACUUUUUUCCCUCACUGUAUAUUAUCAUAUUUUCACCUACAUUAUUACACAUAUUAUGAUAAAAUAAACAAUGCUAUCUCUCUCUUUCUCUACUCUGUCUCUCCCGCUCCCUCUCCGUCUCAGGACCACCAUGACAUGCAGCUGGAGAUAGACAGGGACAAGGCCAUCACUGACAAGGUCAUCCUCAUCCAAAAGGCUGUAAGAGGAAUGAAGGAGAGGUGAGGAAGGAGGGGAUAGAGACAGGGGGAGAGGAAAGAGGAGGGGCAAGAGGGAGGAGGGAGGGUGAGAAGGGGGAGAGGAGACAUGCGGUGGUUGUGGAGAGGGGAUUCGGUGAAGGAUCUUCUUCAAGUUAAGAUUUGUUUAUCCAUAUUGUACUUCGGGACAUUUUUUCACUUUCUUCCUAAUAGAUCUAAUUCAGAUACUACCGUUGAAUUGUCUGGACAUUUCAAUGCACACAUGUUGUGUUUGAGAGCUACAGAAUUAUAUAAUAGGUUUUCAUAUGCACCUCUCCCCACCCCUGUCUCCCCCCUCCCUCCUUCCCCCUGUGUGUUUUCCAGGACUAACUUCCUGAAGGUGAGGAGGUCAGUGACACUCAUUCAGAAGACGUGGCGCGGCUAUCGGUGCAGGAAGGACUACAGUGCAGUGAGUUCCUCUAUGUCCAUGAUUACUGACAUUUCACAACCGUCCAUUUUCUGGAUGGUUCACUUGGACGUAUCCCUGGGCAGGAAUGACAUUUAGUCCCUCAUUGGACGUUCCUUAAAAUAACGUCCCACAGUUACUGAACUUUGGGUUGUAGUUAUGUUGCUAUAACGUUAUAGUUGUGUUAUAUUGGUGUAGUUAUGUUGUUAGAAUUUUAUAUUGGUGUUUGAGAGUCUUGUUGGUGUCUCCUCUCCAGAUGAGGAUCGGCUUCCUGCGCCUCCAAGCCCUCUAUAGGUCAAGAAAACUCUUUGUCACCUACCAAUUGGCCAGGACGUGCAUCACUCAAAUACAGGCCCGUUGCCGUGGUUUCAUGGUGAGGCGGUCCUUUUGGCGGCAGCUGCAUGCAGUGAUCACCAUCCAGGCAUACGCCCGGGGCAUGAUCGCACGGAGGGUUACCCAGAGACUCAGGGCAGAGGUAAGAUGCUACACUACUCAUACGCAUAUGCAUACACACAGAGAUAGACACACAGCAAGGCAACAGGGCUAAAGUAAGGCAGGAGGGGAAAAAUGAAAAUCUUAUACUGCAUAAACCACAGUAUAACUGAGCAGAAACUCAGUGACUGAAAACGCACACAUUUAUUUAGGUCUUUGUGGCCUACUUCGACUCAAGAAGGCUAUUUUAUCUAUACUCCUUUUGCUUCUGCUUCUUUUUCCAUUUAUUGAAUGUUUUGUAACCUGUGUUUACUUCCUGCUACUGUACUUUGACAUCUAAGAACAUUUAUGAAAAUGUGUAAGUAAUUAAACAACUCUCUCCCCCCUCUCUCAGCACCGGCGGCGUCAAGAGGCGGAGGGCCAGCGUCUGGUCGAGGAGGAACGUCUGAGGAACCAGAUGACGGUGCGGCGGGCACGGGCCGAGGCUGAGAGGAGUCACCGGGAGCGCCUGGCUGAGCUGACCCGUCAGGAGGAGCAGAGGGAGAUGGAGGGCGCGACGAAAGAAGGAGAUGGUGGAACAGGUUCCUAAAGCACAUAAUUGUUUACUUAGGGGCAAAUCUUAACUUACUACUACCCAAUAUCUUGUCUUUAGUUUAUCUGGUAAACAUUCAUAUCAUACUCUGUUGACUUAUGUUUUUAUUAUUCACAUGAUCAAUGUAUUACCCAUUUUGGGUUUCUCUUCCUCACCUGCAUAUACAAUAGCCUGAUCCCAGAUCGGUUUAUGCUGUCCAAGCUACACAUAGAGUACCCUGUGUUAUAUGUUUGAUGUUGUCCUUUGUUUUUACUCUGUGUCUAUAACUAAACCUCAACCCAACAGGUGGAGCGGGAGAGGCAGCAGCCGGUGGACCACUCAGACAUGGUGGACCAGAUGUUUGGCUUCCUGGGGAACACAGGGGCACUGCCUAACCUGGAGGGACAGGGGCCGGCCGGCUUCGAGGUGAGAUUGGGGGUAGGACAGUAGAUACUGUCUGUCUAGGUACAGUGGUGUAUGUGCAAGGGGUAUGGGUGUAGAUGUAAGGGGUAUGGGUUUAGAUGUAAGGGGUAUGGGUUUAGAUGUAAGGGGUAUGGGUUUAGAUGUAAGGGGUAUGGGUUUAGAUGUAAGGGGUAUGGGUUUAGAUGUAAGGGGUAUGGGUGUAGCUGUAAGGGGUAUGGGUGUAGCUGUAAGGGGUAUGGGUGUAGCUGUAAGGGGUAUGGGUGUAGAUGUAAGGGGUAUGGGUUUAGAUGUAAGGGGUAUGGUUUAGAUGUAAGGGGUAUGGGUUUAGAUGUAGGAUGUGUGUGUCUGUGUGCCUUCAUGUACAGUGGGGGGAAAAAGUAUUUAGUCAGCCACCAAUUGUGCAAGUUCUCCCACUUAAAAAUAUGAGAGAGGCCUGUAAUUUUCAUCAUAGGUACACGUCAACUAUGACAGACAAAUUGAGGGAAAAAAAUCCAGAAAAUCACAUUGUAGGAUUUUUAAUGAAUUUAUUUGCAAAUUAUGGUGGAAAAUAAGUAUUUGGUCACCUACAAACAAGCAAGAUUUCUGGCUCUCACAGACCAGUAACUUCUUCUUUAAGAGGCUCCUCUGUCCUCCACCCGUUACCUGUAUUAAUGGCACCUGUUUGAACUUGUUAUCAGUAUAAAAGACACCUGUCCACAACCUCAAACAGUCACACUCCAAACUCCACUAUGGCCAAGACCAAAGAGCUGUCAAAGGACACCAGAAACAAAAUUGUAGACCUGCACCAGGCUGGGAAGACUGAAUCUGCAAUAGGUAAGCAGCUUGGUUUGAAGAAAUCAACUGGAAGACAUACAAGAUCUCACCCCGUGGGGUCAAAAUGAUCACAAGAACGGUGAGCAAAAAUCCCAGAACCACACGGGGGGACCUAGUGAAUGACCUGCAGAGAGCUGGGACCAAAGUAACAAAGCCUACCAUCAGUAACACACUACGCCGCCAGGGACUCAAAUCCUGCUUAAGCCAGUACAUGUCCAGGCCCAUCUGAAGUUUGCUAGAGUGCAUUUGGAUGAUCCAGAAGAGGAUUAGGAGAAUGUCAUAUGGUCAGAUGAAACCAAAAUAUAACUUUUUGGUAAAAACUCAACUCGUUGGGUUUGGAGGACAAAGAAUGCUGAGUUGCAUCCAAAGAACACCAUACCUACUGUGAAGCAUGGGGGUGGAAACAUCAUGCUUUGGGGCUGUUUUUCUGCAAAGGGACCAGGACGACUGAUCCGUGUAAAGGAAAGAAUGAAUGGGGCCAUGUAUCGUGAGAUUUUGAGUGAAAACCUCCUUCCAUCAGCAAGGGCAUUGAAGAUGAAACGUGGCUGGGUCUUUCAGCAUGACAAUGAUCCCAAACACACCGCCCGGGCAACGAAGGAGUGGCUUCGUAAGAAGCAUUUCAAGGUCCUGGAGUGGCCUAGCCAGUCUCCAGAUCUCAACCCCAUAUAAAAUCUUUGGAGGGAGUUGAAAGUCCGUGUUGCCCAGCGACAGCCCCAAAACAUCACUGCUCUAGAGGAGAUCUGCAUGGAGGAAUGGGCCAAAAUACCAGCAACAGUGUGUGAAAACCUUGUGAAGACUUACAGAAAAUGUUUGACCUGUGUCAUUGCCAACAAAGGGUAUAUAACAAAGUAUUGAGAAACUUUUGUUAUUGACCAAAUACUUAUUUUCCACCAUAAUUUGCAAAUAAAUUCAUUAAAAAUCCUACAAUGUGAUUUUCAGUAUUUUUUUUUCUCAUUUUGUCUGUCAUAGUUGACGUGUACAUAUGAUGAAAAUUACAGGCCUCUCUCGUCUUUUUAAGUGGGAGAACUUGCACAAUUGGUGGCUGACUAAAUGCUUUUUUUCCCCACUGUAUGUCUGUGUGUGUGGGUGGGUGCACCUGCCUGUCUGCCUGCCUCCACUCAAUGGCGUAGCACACACACCCGCAGCCUCCGCAAGGCCCCAUUAGAUUUCUCUCAAAUCCUAAAUUAAUCAGGAAUGAGCAAGGUCCCCUAAUUCAUGUCUUCAUUACAUGUAGUGCAACAAGAUCUCUCAUGGUUUGUAAAGUUUGUUUUUAUUGGGGAUUUUCAAAUUAAUAAUUUUCUAUAGUUUGUAUUGAACUUUUAUUUCUAGAGUAUCAGUCAACUCCAUCAGUGGCUUGUGAACUCCGUCACUGAUUCAUUUGUUGUCAAUAUUCUGAAAAAAUAUUUUGUUCUGCAACAUAUGCUUAAACAAUUGAAGUAUUUCUAGAAAAUAUCUAGAAAAACAUGCGAAAAUGCUAGAGCACGUAAUAGUGCUAUAAACAAAAAUACGUUAAUAAUAAUAUAAUAUAAUAUGCCAUUUAGCAGACGCUUUUAUCCAAAGCGACUUACAGUCAUGCGUGCAUACAUUUUUUUUUUGUGUAUGGGUGGUCCCGGGGAUCGAACCCACUACCUUGGCGUUACAAGCGCCGUGCUCUACCAGCUGAACUGGCCUUUAAACAUUGUUGGACAAUAAUUGUAAAAAUGAAAUGCCUUUUAUGGUGUCUGAGAGUUGACAGAAAUGAGUUAGUUGCACUUUUUGAUUAACUAAAUAAUAAUUAGGAGGGUGAUCCUUUACAUGGUAUGAUAGCUGAUACUUUGGUCUAUCAAAAUAUAUAUUUCACAUUUUGUUCAUAUAUUUGUGGAAAAUGUUGAGAUUGUCCCAUCUUUCAAGUAUCCCUGACCUCUAAAACAGCAACAUUUUCUGUCCGCCUCAUGGCACAAUGUGUAAAAUAGCAUGAGAUUAGCUAUUGAUUAGCCGUGAAACUGCGCUAUGCCACUGGUGUACCUACGUGUGUGUGUGCACAUGUGCCUCUCUGCGUGCCUGCAUCCCUCCCUCUGUGCAGGCCUCCAUGCCUCUGUGUCUCUGUGCCUGUUUACAUGGGUGUGUUGUAGGACCUGGAGGUGGCUCUGCGGGCCGAGGGGGAGGAGGACGACUUAGACGAGGCUCUCCCUCUGCCUGACGACGAGGAAGAGGACCUAUCGGAGUACAAGUUCUCCAAGUUCGCCACCACGUACUUCCAGGGCACCACCACACACACGUACGUGCGGCGCACGCUCAAGCAGCCUCUGCUCUUCCAUGAGGACGAGGGUGACCAGCUGGUGAGUUGACCUCUGACUUUUGACCUUUGACCCAUUGUGUGUAUAUUCACCAUUGUGGUCCUACAGCUUUGCACAUGAGCCCUGAGUCAUGAGUGUCUCACUCAACAUUACCUUAACCCCAUUCAGGCUACCCCCCCCCCCUCCCCUUUGUGAUACAAAGAGGGAUUAAAAUAGAUUAAAUUGUCAUUUUUUUGUCAACAAUCUACACAAAGUACUCUGUAAUGUCAUUUUUAGAUAAAUACAAAUGUAUAACUAAAAUAUAGUCGUUGCAUAAGUAUUCAGCCCAUUUGUUGAGGCAAGGAGUAAAAUGUAAUUUAACAAAUCAAAUAAUAAGUUACAUGGACUCACUCUGUGUGAAAUAAUAGCUGUUGACAUGAUUUUUUAAAUGACUAAACCUUCCUCUGUCCCUCAUACAUACAACAACUCAGUCAAGUAUUGAAUUUCAAACACAGAUUUAACGUGGUAUGUUCUUCAAUGCUGGAAGGAGGGCCCCGAGUGAAAAAGUUUGGGAACCCCUGUAUUAAACCACCCAGACACAUCAAAGAGACAGUCGUCAUUCUGAACUGAGCUACAGGACAGGAAUGAAAAUGCUUGGAUGUUACCAUGAGGCCAUUGGUCAUUUUAAAACGGCUACAGAGUUCAGUGGCUGUGAUGGGAGAAAACUGAGGAUGGAUCAACAACAUUGUAGUUGUAGUGGCGAUUCCCUAUGAAAAACCACUGGCACAGGAGAGAGCUGUCCAUAGGUCCUUAACACGUCCACAAAAAUCAGCUUUCCAAACGUUACUCUUUUUGGAUGAAGUUCCCAUUUAUUGCGCAUAUAAAAUAUAAAUAGCUCCAAAACACAUAUUCCUAUAGAAAAGGUGCAGAGAGAUGCAUUCUAUAAGCUGUAUCUGUGAAAUGGUAAGAACUGUAUGUGCUCUCCUCUCACAUGUGCUAACCCGUCCUGGUCACCUGUGCAACCUAUAUACACACACGUCACCAGUGACCCAUGACCCCAACAUAGUGCCCUCUAGUGUACAAAACAAGUAAAAAUAACCCUUGACAGACAACAUAUACACAACACAUAAACAGGCCAAAAUGGCUCCUACAGUAGUGUCUCCACAAUAAUUACCUAAAUGACAGAGUGAAAACAAAAAUACAAAUAUACAGAAUACAAAAUAAGUCUAAAGUAAGGCUGCAAAAAAAACACAGCAAAGGAAUACACUUUUGGCCUAAAUGCAAAGCCUUAUGUUUGGGGCAAAUCCAACAGAACACAUCACUAAGUAACUGCCUCCUUAUUUUCAAGCUUGGUGGUGGCUGCAUCAUGGUAUGGCUAUGCUUGACAUCGGCAAAUACUGGGGAGUUUUUACGGAUAAAAAGAAAAGGGAUGGAGCUAAGCACAGGCAAAAUCGUAGAGGAAAACCUGCUUCAAAUCAAAUUGUAUUUGUCACAUACACGUGUUUAGCAGAUGUUAUUGCGGGUGUAGCGAAAUGCUUGUACUUCUAUCUCCGACAGUAGAGUAAUAUCUAACAAGUAAUAUCUAACAAUUUCACAACAUAUACCCAAUACACACAAAUCUAAGUAAGGAAUGCAAUUAAGAAUAUAUACAUAUAUGGACAAGCAAUGACAGAGCGGCAUGGACUAAGAUACAGUAUAAUAUUAUAGAAUACAGUAUAUACAUAUGAGAUGAGUAAUGCAAGAUAUGUAAACAUUAUUAAAGUGAUUAUUCAGUCUGCUUUACACCAGAGAGUGGGAGAGAGAUUCACCUUUCAGCAGGACAAUAACCUACAACACAAGGCCAAACCUACACUGGAGUUGCUUACCAAGAACAUGUUGAAUGUUCCCAAGUGGCCAAUUUACAGUUUUGACUUAAAUCUGCUAGAAAAUCUAUGGCAAGACUUGAAAAUUGGUGUCUAACCAUGAUCAGCAACAUCUUGACAGAGCUUGAAGAAUUUUGAAAAGAAUAAUGGGCAAAUAUUGCACCAUCCAGGUGUGCAAAGCUCUUAUAGACUUACCCAAGAAGACUCACAGAUGUUAUCGAUGCCUAAGGUGUUACUAACAUGUAUUGACUCAGGGAGCUGAAUACUUAUGCAACGACUAUAUUUUAGUUAUUUAAUUUGUAUUAAUCUUUAUAUAUAUAUAUAUACACUACCGUUCAAAAGUUUGGGGUCACUUAGAAAUGUCCUUGUUUUCGAAAGAAAAUCUUUUUUUUUGUCCAUUAAAAUAACAUCAAAUUGAUCAGAAAUACAGUGUAGACAUUGUUCAUGUUGUAAAUGGCUAUUGUAGCUGGAAACGGCUGAUUAUUAAUGGAAUAUCUACGUAGGCGUACAGAGGCCCAUUAUCAGCAACCAGUCCUGUGUUCCAAUGGCACGUUGUGUUUGCUAAUCCAAGUUGAUCAUUUUAAAAGGCUAAUUGAUCAUUAGAAAAUACUUUUGCAAUUAUGUUAGCACAGCUGAAAACUGUUGUGCUGAUUGAUUAAAGAAGCAAUAAAACUGGCCUUGUUGAGACUAGUUGAGUAUCUGGAGCAUCAGCAAUUGUGGGUUCUAUUACAGGCUCUAAAUGGCCAGAAACAAAUAACUUUCUUCUGAAACUCGUCUGUCUAUUCUUGUUCUGAGAAAUGAAGGCUAUUCUAUGUGAGAAAUUGCCAAAGAACUGAAGAUCUCGUACAACGCUGUGUACUACUCCCUUCACAGAACAGCACAAACUGUCUCUAACCAGAAUAGAAAGAGGAGUGGGAGGCCCCGGUGCACAACUGAGCAAAAGGACAAAUACAUUAGUGUCUAGUUUGAGAAACUGACGCCUCACAGGUCCUCAUCAAUCUACACACAAUACCCAAAAAUGACAAAGCAAAAACAGGUUUUUAGACAUUUCUGCAAAUGUAUAAAAAAAAAAAAAUACUGAAAUAUCACAUUUUCAUAAGUAUUCAGACCCUUUACUCAGUACUUUGUUGAAGCACCUUUGGCAGCGAUUACAGCCUUGAGUCUUCUUGGGUAUGACGCUACAAGCAUGGCAAACCUGUAUUUGGGGAGUUUCUCUCAUUCUUCUCUGCAGAUCCUGUCAAGCUCUGUCAGGUUGGAUGGGGAGCGUCGCUGCACAGCUAUUUUCAGGUCCCUCCAGAGAUGUUCGAUUGGGUUCAAGUCCGGGCUCUGGCUGGGCCACUCAAGGACAUUCAGAGACUUGUCCCGAAGCCACUCCUGCGUUGUCUUGGCUGUGUGCUUAAGGUGAACCUUCGCUCCAGUCUGAGGUCCUGAGCGCUCUGGAGCAGGUUUUCAUCAAGGAUCUCUCUGUACUAGUCCCGUGUAGCUCAGUUGGUAGAGCAUGGCGUUUGCAACGCCAGGGUUGUGGGUUCGAUUCCCACGGGGGGCCAGUAUAAGAAAAAAGAAAUGUAUGCACUCACUAAACUGUAAGUCGCUCUGGAUAAGAGCGUCUGCUAAAUUACUAAAAUGUCAAAUGUACUUUGCUCCGUUCAUCUUUCCCUCGAUCCUGACUAAUCUCCCAGUCCCUGCCGCUGAAAAACAUCCCCACAGCAUGAUGCUGCCACCACCAUGCUUCACCGUAGGGAUUGUGCCAGGUUUCCUCCAGAUGUGACUCUUGGCAUUCAGGCCAAAGAGUUCAAUCUUGGUUUCAUCAGACCAGAGAAUCUUGUUUCUCAUGGUCUGAGAGUCCUUUAGUUGCCUUUUGGCAAACUCCAAGCGGGCUGUCAUGUGCCUUUUUCGGAGGCGUGGCUUCAGUCUGGCCACUCUACCAUAAAGGCCUGAUUGGUGAAGUGCUGCAGACUGGUUGUCCUUCUGGAAGGUUCUCCCAUCUCCACAGAGGAACUCUGGAGCUAUGUCAGAGUAACCAUCAGGUUCUUGGUCACCUCCCUGACCAAGGCCCUUCUCCCCCGAUUGCUCAGUUUGGCUGGGCGGCCAGCUCUAGGAAGAGUCUUGGUGGGUCCAAACUUCUUCCAUUUAAGAAUGAUGGAGGCCACUGUGCUCUUGGGGACCUUCAAUGCUGCAGAAAUGUUUUGGUACCCUUCCCCAGAUCUGUGCCUCGACACAAUCCUGUCUCGGAGCUCUACGGACAAUUCCUUCGACCUCAUGGCUUGGUUUUUGCUCUGACAUGCACUGUCAACUGUGAGACCUUAUAUAGACAGGUGUGUGCCUUUCCAAAUCAUAUCCAAUCUAUUGAAUUUACCACAGGUGGACUCCAAUCAAGUUGUAGAAACAUCUCAGGGAUGAUCAAUGGAAACAGGAUGCACCUGAGAUCAAUUUCGAGUCUCAUAGCAAAGGGUCUGAAUACUUAUGUAAAUAAGGUAUUUCUGUUUUUUAUUUUUCAUAAAUUAGCUAACAUUUCUAAAAAACAGUUUUCACUUUGUUAUUAUGGGGUAUUGUGUGUAGAUUGAUGAGGAAAAAAUCAAUUUACUACAUUUUAGAAUAAGGCUGUAAUGUAACAAAAUGUGGAAAAAGGGAAGUGGUCUGAAUACUUUCCGAAUGCACUGUAAUUUCGCAAUUUGGGCGAACAAUCCCUUUAAAACCACUCCCAAUCCCCCCAUCCCCCAGGCAGCGCUGGCGGUGUGGAUCACAGUGCUGAGGUUCAUGGGGGACCUGCCCGAACCCAAGUACCACAUCGCCAUCAGUGAUGGCUCGGAGAAGAUCCCCGUCAUGACCAAGAUCUACGAGACACUGAGCAAGAUGACCUACAAGAGAGAGCUACAGACCGUGGAAGGAGAGGUGAGGGAGGUGGGUGAAGAGGGGGUGGGUGGAGAAGGGGGGAGAGAUGAGGACCUACAAGAGAGAGCUGAAGGAGCUCCAGACUGUGGGGGGAGAGGUGAGGGGGCACUCCGAAGUGAAGCCUCCCCUAGGUACAGAUUCAGGAUCAGUUUCCACUCCCCCAAACAUAGUUGAGAGAGGGGAUAGAAUAUUGGUGGGGAGAGUAUGGGUGGGGGUUAAGGGAGGAUAAAUGAGUGAGAAAAGGAGAGAGAGAGUGGGGUGGGUAGAGAAGAGAUGAAAGGGAGGACAUGAGAAAAUAUGGUGUUGAGGAGUUGGGGGAGGAGUGUGAAAGGGUGCUUGUGAUUUUCUUUCCGUCACUGAGCUAAUUUUAGGUCUGCUGAGCGCAAACUUCCAGCGCAUUUACUGUGAACACUGAGGUUGUAUAUGCUUUAAGAUACAGUUUGAGGAGUUGUCAAGUAGGCUACUGUGGCUAUUCGAUCAUAAUGUAGGCCUACCAGAGUGGCCUACCAUCAAAAACAAUGGAGAAAAUGCAUCCCAUAACAUUUUAACAUGGAAAUAGCUGUUCUAUCAUUCAGCCUACAGUAGCAGCCAAUGUGUGGUGUUCAGUAUAGGCCUACAUUCCAUGAUACUUUUGAGAAAAAAACAUGCAGGGCUUGACAUUAACCUGUUUAUCCACUUGUCCUUCAGACAAGGAGGUGACUGAAAAUGUUUUUGUGUUGUUUGAUGCAAGAAACCACUUUACAAAAUAAAAUGCAUUAUUAUUCCCAUACCAUUAUUACAGAGAAUCAGACAAAUUAUGCUACCCUCUGCCUAUUGGCUACUUAGCUUAUUCAAGCCUGUCUCAAAAUACAACACUGCCCCUUUAAGACAAAAAAAAAGCUCUUUACCUUGUCUACAAAUUUACAUGUUUUGUGUUCUUGUAGGAAGCAAUCACUCCCCUAUUACUGACUACAAAUGAUCUAUAACUGGGCUAAUAACUCACUAACUAGCAAAGUAUAUGAACAAAAUGUGUAUAUUGGCCUACUGCAGCUCUGAUUGUUUAUGCCGCACCGGUCUGUGUAGAGUACGGGCUGAGUAGUGUGUGUCAAUGCAAUAGAAUCCUACUCUGAUGUGUUCUGCCUAUAACAAAUCUCUUUUCUAGUUUGUUUUGUUUCGGUAUGUUGCAUUGAAAGUAUUGCGUUGAUUCGAUCACAAUUGCCACAGCAAAGGGAAAAGUUGAUAGUGUUAACAGGGAAAACUCUAGAACAGUGGUCACCAACCUUUUCUGAGUCAAGAUCACCUUGAGUCAAAAUGCAAGCCUAGAUCUACCACUCAGAUUUUUUUUUUUACAUGCCUAGGCAACAUUAACCAAUUAAAAACAGUACUGUAGCAAUGACGUUUGUGCAGUAAACUAUAGGCCCAAUACAUUAUCACCGCAUAUUGGCUUUGCUUGAAUUGCCCCGCCAAUGCAUUGUUGUUCAGGCCAUUAAAAAAUAUAUAUAUUUCAAAAUUUGAGGUAGGCUAUAUGAUCACACCGGUAAUAGAUUAGUUGUUGUAUUACUUGUGAAGCAUAGCUGAGUGAGCAUACAUUUAAGUAAUUUGCUUUUUAUUUGUAUUUUACUGGGCUGAUGGUGCCUGCAUCUGAUGGUCAGUCUCAGCGGAGGGAGAGAGCAGCAGACUGAGGGUCCGCCUCUUAUCAUCCCUCCGCUCUCCCUUUCCUCCACUGACACUGACCAAAAAGGGACACCGCCUUCCAGCUGAUGGCGAAACCCAAGUCGCACCGCGUUAUUUCGGCCUCAUGCACAAAUUCAUGUUGUUACUCCUAUGAACAGAGUGAAAUAUUCCUCUAUAUUAAAAAAGACCCAAGCCGCUAAUAAUAACAACAAUGCAAGCCUAUAGAUACACUUUCCUACUCAUUCAUUAGUGCUGCAGUGCUUGUUGUAGCGCUGUGUGGAAAUAGGAAGAACACUCAUUUUAUGGCUUAUAAAAGUGUUGAAUACAAAGUGUUGACAGUGCUGAGUAAGUGACAGUGCUGAGUAAGAACUUCAACAUGAACUCCCUCAUAAAAACAGCAGCUCUUUGCUGUAUUCGUUGACAGUCUCUAUUUAUUGUUUUAAACGUUUUGAAAUCUCACAGUAUCAACUUUUCUGUAGCUUUUUUUUAUGCCUGCGUCCUUACUGCAGACACGGUAAUUUGAGCAAUCUGAUUGGCCAGCAGCAUAUAGUGCACUUGAUUUGCUCUCUGGGCCUGCCGGGAAGGCAGAGUUUGUACCUUCAGACACAUGAAAGGGUUCAAACCGUUCGCCUACCCGGCGUGCAGGGCAGCUGAAUCGGGUGCAUCUACUGUCAACAGCCAGAGAUGAAUAAAAAAAAUAGGAACACAAGGCUUUAUCGUUGUUUUUUUAACAGAAAUGUUUGCCGAUGGACUAGGAAUGCCUUGGAGAUCGACCGGUUGGUGACCACUGCUCUAGAAAGUUGAGUGAAGUUCAAUCUGGUGCUUCUCUCUGUGGGCUGAUAUUUCUGCCCGGCAGUCCCGGGAGCUGUGCAGCAGUCUCAGGGCAGCUUAGAGGGAACAUUGCUUGUGAGGUAUUCAAUGUAAAAUGGGACCGGAAGGGAUGUGGUUUGGAGGGAGAACAUAAUAGGAAGGGUUUAAAGCCUAAGUUAUACCUAACACAAAUACACAACAUAAGAAUGCAAUUAGCCAAGUAAAAUAGUGUAGUUGAGUUGCUAAUUGCGUUCUUGUUUUGUGUACUUGCCCAAGGUAUAAAUAAGGCUUAAGGCAGUGUUUUUCAACCCUGGUCCUAGGGAUCCAAAGGGGUGUACAUUUUUGUUUUGCCCUAGCACUCAGACAUCUAAUUCAACUAAUCAACUUAUCAAGCCUUUGAUUACUGGAAUCAUUAUUGGAAUGUGUUAGUGCUAGGGCAAAAGUAAAACUGUGCACCCCUUUGGGUCCCCAGGACCAGGAUUGAGAAACCCUGGCCUAAGGGAGCAGUUAAAGGUCAACUGCCCUUGAAAACCAACUUCUCCUUUUGAAAACAGACUAUGUGGGAUCCAGACACUGGCUCUUGCUAUCUUGCCAUAACAGAUUUGGCAGAGAAAUAUCAGCUAAAUAUGAUAGCCAGCUGCAGCUAUCAACAAGCUAUGCUAGCUAGCUGCUGUCAGUUUGGCUAAACACAAGGUCAGGCUUUAGCCUACACAUAGAACUGAAUUAGCUGACCAUCUUGAGAUGGCGUGUCAGUCAGGAGGGGAGAAGCCCUCAACUUCAAAACUUUGUUCUCUCCAUAGCAAAACUAGCUUAGAUUACCUCGCUGUACUCACUACUGCACUUCUUUGUUGUAAUUGUAAUGGCAAAUACACACCCAAGAAGCACCCACAUUAAACCACACCCCCAAGACAACUCUUGUUUGCCUUCAGUCAUGGCCGCUAGCAUUUCUUAAUGAGCAUUGAUGAAAAACGAGGCAAAAUCAGGAAGUGCAGUCGCACUUUAAGGAGAUGAGAAGGUGGGUGUUGGGAGAAUGGGUAGAUUUUUUGUGUAUGCUAUCCAGGACACAGACAGACAGACAGACAGACAGACAGACAGACAGACAGACAGACAGACAGACAGACAGACAGACAGACAGACAGACAGACAGACAGACAGACAGACAGACAGACAGACAGACAGACAGACAGACAGACAGACAGACAGACAGACAGACAGACAGACAGACAGACAGACAGACAGACAGACAGACAGACAGACAGACAGACAGACAGACAGACAGACAGACAGACAGAAAACAUAAAGCUCAACUACCCUCUCUCCCUCCCUCUUACAGAACAGCUCAAUUGAAGGUGGUGGUGGGCAAAAGAAGAACAGUGUGAGACACAAGCUGGUCUCUCUCACCCUGAAGAGGAAGUCCAAGAUCACUGAGGAGGUUUGUGUCUCAUUAUAGCUUUCAUAAUAAUAAUAGUAUAAAAAUAAUAAUGAUAAUACAGUUGAAGUCGGAAGUUUACAUACACUUAGGUUGGAGUCAUUAAAACUCGUUUAUCAACCACUCCACAAAAUUCUUGUUAACCAACUAUAGUUUUGGCAAGUUGGUUAGGACAUCUACUUUGUGUAUGACACAAGUAAUUUUUCCAACAAUUAUUUACAGACAGAUUAUUUCACUUAUAAUUCACUGUAUCACAAUUCCAGUGGGUCAGAAGUUUACAUACACUAAGUUGACUGUGCCUUUAAACAGCUUGGAAUAUUACAGAAAAUGAUGUCAUGGCUUUAGAAGCUUCUGAUAGGCUAAUUGACAUCAUUUGAGUCAAUUGGAGGUGUACCUGUGGAUGUAUCUCAAGACCUACCUUCAAACUCAGUGCCUCUUUGCUUGACAUCAUGGGAAAAUCAAAAGAAAUCAGCCAAGACCUCAGAAAAAACAUUGUACACCUCCACAAGUCUGGUUCAUCCUUGGGAGCAAUUUCCAAACGCCUGAAGGUACCACGUUCUUCUGUACAAACAAUAGUACGCAAGUAUGAACACCAUGGGACCACGCAGCCGUCAUACCGCUCAGGAUGGAGACUCGUUCUGUCUCCUAGAGAUGAACGUACUUUGGUGCGAAAAGUGCAAAUCAAUCCCAGAACAACAGCAAAGGACCUUGUGAAGAUGCUGGAGGAAAAAGGUACAAAAGUAUAUGUAUCCCCAGUAAAACGAGUCCUAUAUCGACAUAACCUGAAAGGCCACUCGGCAAGGAAGAAGCCACUGCUCCAAAACCGCCAUAAAAAAGCCAGACUACGGUUUGCAACUGCACAUGGGGACAAAGAUCAUACUUUUUGGAGAAAUGUCCUCUGGUCUGAUGCAACAAAAAUAGAACUGUUUGGCCAUAAUGACCAUUGUUAUGUUUGGAAGAAAAGGGGGGAUGCUUUCAAGCCGAAGAACACCAUCCCAACCGUGAAGUACGGAGGUGGCAGCAUCAUGCUGUGGGGGUGCUUUGCUGCAGGAGGGACUGGUGCACUUCACAAAAUAGAUGGCAUCAUGUGGAAGGAAAAUGAUGUGGAUAUAUUGAAGCAACAUCUUAAGACAUCAGUCAGGAAGUUAAAGCUUGGUCGCAAAUGGGUCUUCCAAAUGGACAAUGACCCCAAGCAUACUUCCAAAGUUGUGGCAAAAUGGCUUAAGGACAACAAAGUCAAGGUAUUGGAGUGGCCAUCACAAAGCCCUGACCUCAAUCCUAUAGAACAUUUGUGGGCAGAACUGAAAAGGCGUGUGCGAGCAAGGAGGCCUACAAACCUGACUCAGUUACACCAGCUCUGUCAGUAGGAAUGGGCCAAAAUUCACCCAACUUAUUGUGGGAAGCUUGUGGAAGGCUACCCAAAACAUUUGGACCCAAGUUAAACAAUUUAAAGGCAAUGCCACCAAAUACUAAUUGAGUGUAUGUAAACUUCUGACCCACUGGGAAUGUGAUGAAAGAAAUAAAAGCUGAAAGAAAUCAUUCUCUCUACUAUUUUUCUGACAUUUCACAUUCUUAAAAUAAAGUGGUGAUCCUACUUGGAUUAAAUGUCAGGAAUUGUGAAAAACUGAGUUUAAAUGUAUUUGGCUAAGGUGUAUGUAAACUUCCGACUUCAACUGUAUAUGCCAGUUAGCAGCACCAUGCUCUUACCAACUGAGCCACACAAUCCCCAAAAUAGUGGGUUGGACCAACAUUCUUGUUACUGCUUAUGGAUAUGCCCAUGUUAAUAUUUGACAGAUUAUAUGGGUACUCUGAUUGGUUAUGGGAGUGUUCAGCAUCUGUGGGAACCCCCCGUUGCCAACUCAGCAUUUACCAAUACCAAUAUCCAACUGACUGAAUGGAAGUAAUCACUAAUGACAUGUCUGUUCCCUGUUGGCCCCGCCUCCUCUUCUCCCCUAUAGGUGACCCGGCAUUUGACGGACGGCGAUUACAGCCUACGGGGAAACAGCAUGCUGGAGGACCGGCCCACCUCCAACCUGGAGAAGCUGCACUUCAUCAUCGGCAACGGCAUCCUAAGGCCCGCCCUCAGGUGACCUACGACCCUUUGACUUAUUCUACCAAUUACUCUGAAGUAUUUUUCUUGACUUUCUUAAUCUGUUCUCUCCAUGCCUCCCCUCCUUCAUUGAUGAUCUAAGCUUCCACCAUAUUGCUUGGAUGUUGGCCCACCACCUUAAGCGCAACCUCAACAAAACGGAGCUGCUCUUCCUCCCGGGGAAGGCCUGUCCGCUCCGAGACCUCUCCAUCACAGUUGACAACUCCACAGUGCCUCUUGCCGUGACCCUGGACAACACCAUGUCAUUCUCUGCAAACAUCAAAGCAGAUACCCGUAGCACUGACGUCUGUAGCCAUGAAGUGCUUUGAAUAGCUGGUCAUGGCUCACAUCAACACCGUUAUCCCAGAAACCCUAGACCCACUCCAAUUUGCAUACCGCCCCAACAUAUCCACAGAUGAUGCAAUCUCUAUUGCACUCCACACUGCCCUUUCCCACCUGGACAAGAGGAACACCUACGUGAGAAUGCUAUUAAUUGACUACAGCUCAGCAUUCAACACCAUAGUGCCCUCAAAGCUCAUCACUAAGCUAAGGAUCCUGGGACUAAACACCUCCCUCUGCAACUGGAUCCUGGACUUCCUGACAGGCUGCCCCCAGGUGGUAAGGGUAGGUAUCAACACAUCUGCCACACUGAUCCUCAACACGGGGGCCCCUCAGGGGUGCGUGCUUAGUCCCCUCCUGUACUCCCUGUUCACCCAUGACUGCAUGGCCAGGCAAGACUCCAACACCAUCAUUAAGUUUGCCGACGACACAACAGUGGUAGGCCUGAUCACUGACAACGAUGAGACAGCCUAUAGGGAGGAGGUCAGAGACCUGGCCGUGUGGUGCCAGGACAACAACCUCUCCCUCAACGUGACCAAGACAAAGGAGAUGAUUGUGGACUACUUGAAAAAAAAGAGGACUGAGCACGCCCCCAUUCUCAUCAACAGGGCUGUAGUGGAACAGGUUGAGAGCUUCAAGUUCCUUGGUGUCCACAUCACCAACGAACUAUCAUGGUCCAAACACACCAAGACAGUCGUGAAGAGGGCACGACAAAGCCUAUUCCCCCUCAGGAGACUGAAAAGAUUUGGCAUGGGUCCUCAGAUCCUCCAAAAAUUAUACAGCUGCACCAUCAAGAGCAUCCUGACUGGUUGCAUCACCGCCUGGUAUGGCAACUGUUCGGCCUCCGACCGCAAGGCACUACAGAGGGUAGUGCGUACGGCCCAGUACAUCACUGGGGCCAAGCUUCCUGCCAUCCAGGACCUCUAUACCAGGCGGUGUCAGAGGAAGGCCCUCAAAAUUGUCAAAGACUCCAGCCACCCUAGUCAUAGACUGUUCUCUCUGCUACCGCACGGCAAGCGGUACCGGAGUGCCAAGUCUAGGUCCAAAAGACUUCUCAACAGCUUCUACCCCCAAGCCAUAAGACUCCUGAACAGCUAAUCAUGGCUACCCGGACUAUUUGCACUGCCCCCCCACCCCAUCUUUUUACGCUGCUGCUACUCUGUUAAUUAUUUAUGCAUAGUGACUUUAACUCUACCCACAUGUACAUAUUACUUCAACUACCUCAACUAGCCGGUGCCCCCGCACAUUGACUCUGCACCAGUACCCCCCUGUAUAUAUAGCCUCCCUACUGUUAUUAUAUUUUACUUCUGCUCUUUUUUUCUCAACACUUUUUUGUUGUUUUAUUUUACUUUUUUAUAAAAAAUUAAUUUCAUCUGUUGGUUAAGGGCUGUAAGUAAGCAUUUCACUGUAAUGUCUGCACCUGUUGUAUUCGGCGCAUGUGGCCAAUAAAAUGUGAUUAGAUUUUUUACUCGCUCCUGCAGGUUCAUGCUCUACAACAUCCGUAGAGUACGACCUUUCCUCACACAGGAAGCGGCGCAGGUCCUAAUCCAUGCACUUGUCAUCUCCUGUCUAGACUACUACAACUCUCUGUUGGCUCCCCGCUUGUGCCAUCAAACCGCUGCAAUUUAUCCAGAACGCUGCAGCCCACCUGUUGUUCAACCUUCCAAAGUUCUCCCGUGUCACCCGGCUCCUCCGCACACUCCACUGGCUUUGAGUCGAAGCUCACAUCAUCUUCAAGACCCUGGUGCUUGCCUACGGAGCAACAAGGGAACUGCCCCUCCCUACCUUCAGGCUAUGCUCAAACCCUACACCCCAGCCCGAGCACUCCGUUCUGCCACCUCUGGUAUCUUGGCCCUCCCACCCCUACAGGAAGGCAGCUACCCCAAUAGUCAGGACAGCGUCAGGACAGCGGAGUCCCUGCCCAUCUUCCGAAAAUGUCUGAAACCCUACCUCUUUGAAGAGUACAGUAUCUUAAAUAACUCCCACUGAGUUUUUUGCUAGUAUCUCAGACUACUACAUUUGUCAUAUGUUAUUGUCUCACCUAGCUACAGUAUUUUAAGAUGAAUGCACUAAUUGUAAGUCGCUCUGGAUAAGAGCAUCUGCUAAAUUACGUAAAUGUAAUUGUUUUCACCUGUCACAAAAAAUAAUUUGAACAUGUAUUCUAAGUGGUAUGCUAGUUUGAAUAUGGGGACAUCUAACCAUCAUACAUUUUUUUCCUGGUUCUGACUUGAGAUUGGCUUGUUUUCGCUGCUCGUGAUCUGACGGUGGCUGUAAUUGGCUGGCUGUUGUGUCCAUUACCAGGGAUGAGAUCUACUGUCAGAUCUGCAAGCAGCUGACCCAGAACCCAUAUAAGAGUAGCCAUGCACGUGGCUGGAUCCUGCUCUCCCUCUGCGCUGGCUGCUUCGCUCCCUCUGAGAAGUUUGUCAAAGUAAGACCCUCGUAUUUUUGAUAACACACACACAGCAUAUACACACAUGAGUGCAUACAUGUAUGCGAACACACACACAGACACCCCUCAUUUGUCUGGGCCUAGUCCUGUUGAAUUCGAAGUGGAUCCACUGAAUGUGCCCCAGAAUGUCUCAUUGGUGUUAACACCCCCCCACACACACACACACUUCCUCUCUCUCCUUCAGUAUUUGCGUACGUUCAUGAUCAGUGGUCCGCCGGGCUACGCUCCAUACUGCGAGGAGAGGUUGAGGAGGACCUUUGUGAACUGCACCAGGACCCAGCCACCAUCUUGGCUCGAGCUGCAGGUAUGCACAGAUCUAGUAUCAGUGAACCAUGGUGGCAGUUCUAAACCGUAUUAUUAGGUGGAAAAUGCUAAACUGAAAUCAGUGUCUAGGGGCAACUUCUUCCCACUUGCGUGUCUGCCAUUAUUCCUCUACCAUCAUACUCUGCUUUCUACUGCUAUGAUGAUGAGUAAAUUUGUCUGAGACCUAAAGACUUGCAUUAGCAGCCCAUGAUAAUGGCUUAGGGUGGAGGGCGCAAGUUUUUUUGGGUUUGGACUGAUUUGUUCAUCAAAAUGUAUUUGCAGGCCAGAAAAAAUGCAGUUAUUACAAGAUACAGUUGCUGCCAAAUACAUUGGCACCCUUGCACUUAAAUGAUUCGCUAUUUCUUCAAAAAUGUGUUGAAAUUUAAAUUCAACUCUUGGUCACCACACCUUGUUAUUGGAUUUUCUACAUUGCAGAAGCAAUAAAAAAUGUGUAGCUUAAGUUUACCAUUUUAAUUUAGAAAAUAAAGACAAAUGGCAUGGACAAAAUUAUUGGCACCCCGGAGGUAGGACUUGGUUGCACAGCCUUUGGCCAAGAUAACUGCUGACAAACGGCGACUUUUCAGCAGCAAACUGCUCUAAUUCUUCAAUUUUUGAGGGGUGCCCUCCACCAACUGCUGUUUUCAGAUAUCUCCAUUGGUUUUGGAUGUGAUUCAGAUCUGGACUCUUCGCUGGUCACUCCAGAACAGUCCGGCAUUGCUUCUUGAACCAUUCCUGGGUGCUUUUUGAUGUGCUGCUGGAAGACCCACAACCUUCAAUGGAGACCCAGUUUUUGGACGCUGGGUUGAAUGUUGGACACCUGAUAAUCUGCUGAUUUCGUGAUGCCUUGCACGUGUUCAAGGCCCCCAGUACCAGAGGCAGCAAAGCAAUCCCACAGCAUUAUCAAACGUCCCUCAUCUUUGAUUGUCGGGAGGGUGUUAUUUUCAUUGGGUUUGCUGCUGAAGAGUGGGCCAAAUUGCCAGUAGUAAGGUGCAGCAAGCUUAUUGAUGGCUACAAGAAGCAUUUCUUGGCAGUUAUCUUGGCCAAAGGCUGUGCAUCCAAGUACUAGCUCCAGGGUGCCAAUCAAUUUGUCCAUGCCAUUUGUCUUUAUUUUCUACAUUUAAAAUUGUAAAGUUAAGUAAAAAAAAAAAAAAAAACAUUGGUUCUGCAAUGUUGAAAAUCUAAUAUCAAUUUAAACCUAAUUUAGAAGAAAUAGAGAAUUAUUUAAGAAAAGUGCAAAGGCGCCCAUAUUUCUUGCCGCAACUGUAUAUACAGUGAGGGAAAAAAGUAUUUGAUCCCCUGCUGAUUUUGUACGUUUGCCCACUGACAAAGAAAUGAUCAGUCUAUAAUUUUAAUGGUAGGUUUAUUUUAACAGUGAGAGACAGAAUAACAACAAAAAAAUCCAGAAAAACGCUUGUCAAAAAUGUUAUAAAUUGAUUUGCAUUUUAAUGAGGGAAAUAAGUAUUUGACCCCCUCUCAAUCAGAAAGAUUUCUGGCUCCCAGGUGUCUUUUAUACAGGUAACGAGCUGAGAUUAGGAGCACACUCUUAAAGGGAGUGCUCCUAAUCUCAGUUUGUUACCUGUAUAAAAGACAACUGUCCACAGAAGCAAUCAAUCAAUCAGAUUCCAAACUCUCCACCAUGGCCAAGACCAAAGAGCUCUCCAAGGAUAUCAGGGACAAGAUUGCAGACCUACACAAGGCUGGAAUGGGCUACAAGACCAUCGCCAAGCAGCUUGGUGAGAAGGUGACAACAGUUGGUGCGAUUAUUCGCAAAUGGAAGAAACACAAAAUAACUGUCAAUCUCCCUCGGCCUGGGGCUCCAUGCAAGAUCUCACGUCGUGGAGUUGCAAUGAUCAUGAGAACGGUGAGGAAUCAGCCCAGAACUAUACGGGAGGAUCUUGUCAAUGAUCUCAAGGCAGCUGGGACCAUAGUCACCAAGAAAACAAUUAGUAACACACUACACCGUGAAGGACUGAAAUCCUGCAGCGCCCGCAAGGUCCCCCUGCUCAAGAAAGCACAUAUACAUGCCCGUCUGAACAUCUGACUGAUUCAGAGGAGAACCCUGUGAAAGUGUUGUGGUCAGAUGAGACCAAAAUGGAGCUCUUUGGCAUCAACUCAACUCGCCGUGUUUGGAGGAGGAGGAAUGCUGCCUAUGACCCCAAGAACACCAUCCCCACCGUCAAACAUGGAGGUGGAAACAUUAUGCUUUGGGGGUGUUUUUCUGCUAAGGGGACAGGACAACUUCACCGCAUCAAAGGGACGAUGGACGGGGCCAUGUACCGUCAAAUCUUGGGUGAGAACCUCCUUCCCUCAGCCAGGGCAUUGAAAAUGGGUCGUGGAUGGGUAUUCCAGCAUGACAAUGACCCAAAACACACGGCCAAGGCAACAAAGGAGUGGCUCAAGAAGAAGCUCAUUAAGGUCCUGGAGUGGCCUAGCCAGUCUCCAGACCUUAAUCCCAUAGAAAAUCUGUGGAGGGAGCUGAAGGUUCGAGUUGCCAAACGUCAGCCUCAAAACCUUAAUGACUUGGAGAAGAUCUGCAAAGAGGAGUGGGACAAAAUCCCUCCUGAGAUGUUUGCAAACCUGGUGGCCAACUACAAGAAAAGUCUGACCUCUGUGAUUGCCAACAAGGGUUUUGCCACCAAGUACUAAGUCAUGUUUUGCAGAGGGGUCAAAUACUUAUUUUCCCUCAUUAAAAUGCAAAUCAAUUUAUAACAUUUUUGACAUGCGUUUUUCUGGAUUUUUUUGUUGUUAUUCUGUCUCUCACUGUUCAAAUAAACCUACCAUUAAAAUUAUAGACUGAUAAUUUCUUUGUCAGUGGGCAAACGUACCAAAUCAGCAGGGGAUCAAAUACUUUUUUCCCUCACUGUAGGUAAUUAUUACAUACUUACUAUCUGGUUUUAGACAUUCAAGUGUAGCCUUUUUUUUUAAUAAAAAAUUAUCCCCUCCCCCUCUCAGGCCACUAA